GCCAUCUCUUUCUCCAACUGAACGGCAAGUUCCACACCUUCGCUGGCCCGGACCCAACUGGACCAUAAAAGAAUCUGUUGGUCUCAACUUUCUCCCUUCGAACUUCCCCUCUCUCCUCAUUCACGGCACCGGCCACUUGAAAAGACCACAUCGUUUGCUUGUCGGACUCUCCGUACUACAAUCAUCAUAAAACAAGCCACGAAUUCCAUCCGACUUGACAAUCUCGAACCAGAUUACCACCAUCAAACAUAGGCAUCACCAGACUCGCCUUGACUCUUCGUCUGUCCUCGGCUUGUUCAGCUAUUAAAACCCGACUUGGGCUCCAUCACCUCCCCCUUCUCGACACAUAUCUUCCCAGACACCGUCUACAACUUCAAAGAUUUCUGCACAACUUGAGCGAACCAUUUCCUUCACAAUGACUUCCCAAAUUGCUCAGCCUACUCCUAUCUCGGCUCCUCGCCCGAAUCUCGGCGUCAUGACCUCGCAAGACCUCUUCGCCAGUGUCAACGCUUCCUUCAGCAAGAACAGCCAGCCGUCAACACCAAGUCACACCAUCCAAGAGAAUGACUACUCUGUGCCAGCUCCUCCUCCUCCAAGCCCGGUUAGCUUCCGGGAACACCAUUGGCCAUCGCCCGUUCGCCGUUAAGUCAGCUCCGGCUGUUCUUUCCUUGGUUCGCAGGUCGAGCACCCGGGCCUAUCUCAUUUCAAGGGGGGCCGCAUAGGCCGUAAUCGGGAGGCUUUUGUACACAUACGACUGUAACACUUCAUCGCCGUCUUCGUUGCACAGCAAGCAAGCAUUCUUAUUUCGUCAAGGUUGAAAGCUUCUCAGCGAGAGAACCUUGUUUUCCUUUUUAUUUUUUUCCCUUUCUUUUUUCCUCGGUACGUGGGUAACACAAAAUCACUCGGAGUCACGGCGGGAAUGUAAUAGAGUGAUGGGAAUGGGCAGGCACAAAAUGGUUGAGGAAAGGCCUUCGUCAUCUUUGGUUCUUCGGUUACAAAACAUCCUUAUUACAUCACACAAAAACUCUCGCGAGGAUAAUGGUCCUUCAUGGCGGACAAAUACAAGCUGUGCUUUAGUUUAAUGCUACAAACAUACCUCAGUUC